CCAUAAGGGCUUAAAACUUUUGAGUUCUGAUCACAAGAUAGAGAGAGAGGGAGAGAGAGGGAGUGGGGAGAAUCCUCUUGCUCAUCAAUUGUAAUAAAUUGCAAAUCUAAAUGGGUGAUAGUUUAUUUGAAGGCUUGCCACCACCUUCUCAUCAGCAACAAAACCAAGAAGCAGAAGCUAACGAUACUUCAAAAACAACUAAAAGAGAACCAUCUACAGUGCCAGCUCCACCAAAACCAGCUUUGAAAAGUGCCCUCAAGCGCCCUAAACCAGUGGAAGCCAAACCAGACCCAGAAGAUGUUGCAGCUGAAAAGACCACUGCAUCUGGAAGGCGGUUGAGGUUUAAAACAACAACAGAUGCCUCAGAGACGCAAGUUAUAGAGGCCAUGAAGAAGAUAGCAUCGCAUAUCAAGACUCCAACUAAGUUUUCUAAGGCUUCAAAGCUUGCCAUACAGCUGAUUCAGGCUGGAAGUGUAAAACCAGGAACUAGUGACCACUUCUUUGCCAUACUUGAGGCUGCCAUGUCCUCAACCACUUCCUGCACAGAUCCUUCUGUGCGGGCAGAUUAUCAUGCCUUGUUCUCAGCAGCUCAGGAUGCAGCUGAAUGCCUCAAUAAGAAACAGAAGAACCAAUUAGCUACAUGGACAGUUAGGGCAGUGUUAGCAAAUGACUUCUUCACUGAUGACAGCUUUUUGUUUUCAAAGACAGCUGGACAGGUAAAAGAUGCCAUUGCUGAUCUUCCUGUUGCAACCAAGGAUGAUGACAUAGAGGAGGCUGCAUCACUAAUCGAUAAGCCAGCGACAACUGAUGAAUAUAGUAAAAGAGAAAAUGCAUGUUCAAGUGCUGAAGCUAAAGAGAAUAAAGAUGUGUCUGAUCCGUUUGGGCUUGAUGCUCUGAUUCCAAGCACAGUGAAGAAAGAUGAGAAGGUAAAGGGGAAGAAAGAUAUGCCAGCCAAGGUGAGGGAGGAAGAGGAAGUAGAGAGUAAGAGAUUCCUCAAGUACCAGCGAGAGGCCUUGAUUACCUGUUUAGAGAUAGCUGCUCGGCGUUACAAAACACCAUGGUGCCAAACAGUGAUAGACAUUUUGGUAAAGCAUGCCUUUGAUAAUGUCGCAAGGUUCACAUCUUGCCAAAGGGAUGCCAUUCAGAAACUUUGGGCUUCCAUACGGGAGCAGCAAACACGGAGAAAGCAAGGGAAAUCAGUAAAUGGGAAACUUGAUGUGAAUGGUUUUGAAUGGCUUCAACAGAAGUACGCUGGUGAGAAAAUCAGUAUUCGGCACUCUGUUGGUGGCAGUGGGGAUCGUCGUGCCUCACAGUGGCUUGGUUAGCAGUUAGUCUGCUGCAUUGUAACCCAGCAUUUGCAGUGACAGCUGAACCGUGAAGCAAAUUGGAUCUGUUCGAAAUUCUGGUUGUCUAAAUCUAACAUGUAUUGUUACACAUUUUCAGGAAUACCAUUAACAUGUGGAACUUGUGUUGUCGCGUUUGCCUUCUCUGGCCUGUUGCCUAAAAUUCGCAUUAGAAUCUCUGUGGUUUUGUUGUUGACAAUCAGCACCAAAGUACGAAACCCUCUUGUACUUGAUUUACCAACCCUUGUUGUGAGAUAUGGCAACAAUGGUUACUUCU